UGUCUAUGAUUUGAUGAAAUAUAGAAAAAACUCGAGAAAUAUCAAGUAUGAUUUUGAUGAUCAUUAAUGACAAAAUUGCAGUCGUUACUAAUUAGUGAGCGCAUGAAACGGAAUGGCAUCGUAAGGACAAGUUUAUUUUAAAAUGGAUGAGGAUACGCCUGAAAAUCUAAGAGAAGAACAUGUUUUCAUGGCGAUAUACACUAAUAAAAAUUACAUCGGUUUAGCAUAUUAUCAAUUUCAAGAAUCAGUACUAUACAUAAUAGAUGAUUUCCACAAAGUUGGUGACAAAUUUGACGAAAUUCAAAGUAUUUUUGAAAAUGUGAAACCAUCAAAAUUAAUAACUCUGUCCAAUCAAUCAAGAAAUAUUUUUGAUCCUAAUGUACUAUUAAAAUCAGAAAUUAAACGCUCUGAAAAUGGUAACAUUAUGCCGUGUAAAAUUGUCACAUUAGUUGCAGGGAAUUACAGUUACUACACGUGUUUGAAUAAAGUUCGCAAUUUAAAAGUGCUUGAUACACCUAAUAAACAUUUUGAGAAAUGUAUAAUAUUACAAAGUUUUAUUAAUCCAUCAUCUUAUUGUUCGAUUUAUGCGCUUGGAAUUCUUCUUCUCUAUAUCGAUCAGUAUUAUUUCUCCAUGUAUUCUCUUGAAUCGAAACAAUUUUACAUAAAAGAUAUUCAAUACAUCACUUUAAAAGAUUACCUUUUUUUAGACAAAGAUUCUUUUUCGUUUCUAAACAUUUUACCUUUAAAAGUUAUAAGUCACAUGAAACAAGAAUGGCACUCAGUUAAUUUUCAGAAUGAUCGAAGUAAUCACUCAGACGCAGAAUACUUAUUUUCAUACAUGAACCCAGAACCGCGCAUUGGAACAAUUGCAUUAAGAAAAAUGUUCCUUCAUCCAACUACCGAUACAGAUGUAUUAGAAAACCGAUUCGAUUUUAUAACGUUUUGUAUGGAGCCAUCAAACCAAAUAUUCAUAGAAAAAUUAAAAAAUUCUUUAGCUGGAAUUGUCGAUUCAGCUGUAAUUGCUAAUAAUAACCAUAGUUUAGGCAAAAGAAUGAAGACUUAUCGUAAUUUACAUAAGAUACUUCAAAACAUAGCUAAUAUUAAAAUAGUCUUAGAAGCACAAACCAACCGACCAGACUUGUUGACUAGAUUCAUGAAUAAUAUAUCGAGUGAAAUACAAUUUUUGUUAUAUUUUCUUGAAAAUAUUUUUGAUCUUCAGUCACCAUCUAGUUCCGAUAUUAUAUCAGUGAAACAUGGCGUGGAUCCAACUUUAGAUAAAUUAAGAACAAUUUGCUACAAUUUACCUCAGACUUUAUCGACGAUAUCUUUGCAUUAUUUAUUAACUUUGCCUAAAGAAAUUGAAAAUUGUCAUGUUGUCUACAUACCUGAAAUGGGUUUUCUGAUAGCAGUUUUAAAUGCACAUCAAUUAUCAGAAAAUUCAAAAGAGCUACCUAAAAUGACUUACCAUUUUUCACUUAAUGGCAUCAGUUAUUACAAGAAUUUAUUAACCGAAGAACUCAAUAGAAGUAUUGGAGACAUAGGGAAAAAAAUUAGAGAGCGAUCUUUCCACAUUUUUACAAAAAUUACUAACUAUUUGAAUCAAUACGCAGACAUAAUUCAAAAAGCUAUCUCUGCCUGCUCAUCAAUCGAUGCGCUUAUCAUUCUAUAUGAAGUUGCCUUAAAAUUCAAUUACGUCAGACCAAUUUUAGAAAAAGGUAAAAAAAAGAUUUCAAUCGUAUCUGGACGUCAUCCUUUGCAAGAGCGGACCACUAAAUUUGUUCCUACUGAUAUUUUUUUGGAUGAAAAGAAUAGUUUCAUUAAUAUAAUCCAAGGUUCAAAUGGUAGUGGAAAAACUACUUUCAUUAAGCAACUUGCAUUAAUAAUAUUUUUAGCGCAUAUUGGAAGCUUUGUUCCUGCUGAUUCUGCAAUACUAGGCACGAUAUCACAUUUAUUUAUCAAAGCUUAUAAUUUGAAUGGCAGUGAAAGAAUAAACUUCUUCCUACAAGACAUUCGUCAGAUUUUCAGAAUAUUUCAUUCAACAGAUACAGCUCUAAUAUUGAUCGAUGAUUUUGGUGACAGUAUCACAGAAUAUGAAAAAAUAGCAUUGAUAUCUAAUACAGUAAAAGAGAUGACUUCAACAGUUGAACCAUACCCAUACACUUGUAUAGUCGUAAAUUUUGACGUUACGAAAAUAAAACUAUCCAAUGAAAUGAAUUAUUUUACAGUACUCAAUUUUCGAACGAAAAAUACUCAACCAAACUAUCUUAAAUUAAGAAGAGGAAACUGUAGAAGUCAUUUGGAAUUGUCAGAUACACUUUGUUUAAAAACUAGCACUAUUUUUGUUCACAUAUCAAACAGAAUAAAAAACCAUUUGAAAUAUUGUAGAAACGAUCUACAAAAAGUUAAUGAUCGAAGAAGCAGUUUAUUGCUCAAUAUAAUUCAAGACUUAUUUUUCGAAGAAACAAUAUUACAUGCAUCGCAUAUACAGAAAAUUCUUGAAGUUGUAAUGGACAACAGAAACAUCCUUUCUUGAUGUCGUAGAGAAAUAAUUAAUUUGAAUCAAAAAU